CGCCGCUGGGCCCAGCGCACCGGGGCCUCCCCGACUCCUGCCGGUGCCUUUGUUUGGCCUCCAGACGGCCAGGACAGCACGGGCGCAUGGCCAGGCCGCGAUAGGAGGCGGUGGCAGAGAGGCGAUCCGGGUGGGCGGGGGACCCUCGCCGGUCGGAGGAAGGCCCAUCGGAGCGGCCUCGCCGAGCAGAGUCAUGGCCGAGGCCGUCGCCACUAAGACGGCGUGGAAGCUGCAUGAGAUCACAGCUCACAGCAGCAAUGUAUCCUCACUAGUCCUGGGCAAAACCUCAGGCCGGUUGCUGGCAACUGGAGGAGAUGACUGUCGGGUCAACAUAUGGUCAGUUAACAAGCCCAGUUGCAUCAUGAGUUUGACAGGCCACACGUCGCCCAUUGAGAGCCUACAGGUCAAUACGAAUGAGAAUCUCAUUGUUGCAGGGUCCCAGUCAGGGUCCAUUCGAGUUUGGGACCUGGAAGCUGCCAAAAUUCUUCGAUCCUUACUUGGUCACAAAGCAAAUAUCUGCAGCCUUGAUUUCCAUCCUUAUGGAAGCAUUGUGGCAUCUGGCUCUUUGGACACAAACAUUAAGCUCUGGGAUAUGAGGAAAAAAAACUGUGUCUUCAGGUACAAGGGCCACACAGAAGCAGUUCGAUGUCUCCGCUUUAGUCCUGAUGGAAAGUGGUUAGCCUCUGCUGCUGAUGAUCACACUGUGAAGCUGUGGGAUCUGGUGGCUGGGAAGCUAGUGUUUGAAUUUACAGAACAUACUGGCCCAGUAAACGUUGUUGAAUUCCAUCCCAAUGAAUACCUUUUGGCGUCUCGUAGCUCUGACAGGACUGUUCGGUUCUGGGACUUAGAGAAAUUUCAAGUGGUAAGCUGUAUUGAAGAGGAGGCUACUCCCGUCAGGUGUGUGCUUUUCAACCCAGAUGGCUGCUGCUUGUAUAGUGGCUUCCAGGAUUCUCUGCGUGUGUACGGCUGGGAGCCAGAGCGCUGUUUUGAUGUGGUCUUGGUGAACUGGGGAAAAGUAGCUGAUUUAUCUGUUUGCAACAACCAGCUGAUAGGUGUUUCCUUUGCACAAAGCACAGUCUCUUCCUUUGUUGUGGAUCUCAGCAGAGUCACAAAGUCGGAUUCUAUACCUCAUGGGCUGAUCAGGGAUGAUGAGUCUCUUGUGUCACUUACCACCACGGGGUCCUCCCUUCGCCGCAUCUAUGACAGGCCCUCAACUAGGUGCAGCAAGCCACAAAGAGUGAAGCUUAACUCGGAGAGUGAGAGGUGCAGUCCCAGCAGCGAAGACGACCGGGAUGAGAAGGAAUCAAAAGCUGAGAUCCAGAACCCAGAGGAUUACAAUGAUAUCUUCCAGCCCAAGAAUGCUAUAUGUCGCACUCCUCCUCCGAACAGUGAGCCCUUUCCAGCCCCCCCUGAGGAUGAGCCCAUAGCUGCAAAGGAAGCAGUGAAGCCCACCCGAGCUCCAGAUGUCCAGACACUGUUGCCAAAGCAAGAACUUCCUAAUCCAGUCCAGAGCCCACCAAUUGCCUCUUCAGCUGCUUUGACCAGAGCAGAGCCAUUGGUGAUUCCUGCAGCCAGAAAUGAGCCCAUUGGCCUGAAAGCCUCUGACUUUCUACCAGCUCUGAAAAACCAAAGCCAGACAGAGCUUGUGGAUGAGGAAGCCAUUUCUCAGAUCAGGAAAGGCCACGAGACCAUGUGUGUGGUGCUCACCAGUCGCCGCAAGAAUCUGGACACUGUGCAGGCUGUGUGGAGCUCCAGUGAUAUUAAGAACUCUGUUGACUCUGCAGUGGCGAUCAACGAUCUGUCUGUUGUCGUGGACCUCUUGAAUAUUGUCAACCAAAAACCGUUUCUCUGGAAGCUGGAUUUGUGUGCUAUAGUCCUGCCACAGGUAGAAAAACUACUCCAAAGUAAAUAUGAAAGCUACGUGCAGACUGGCUGCACCUCCCUGAAACUCAUUCUCCAGAGAUUCCUGCCACUGAUCACAGACAUCCUCGCUGCACCACCUUCUGUUGGAGUGGACAUCACCAGGGAGGAAAGGCUCCAUAAAUGCAAGCUGUGCUACAGGCAGCUGAAAAACAUCAGCAUCAUCAUCAGGAGCAAGUUUGGGCUCAGUGGCCGCCAUGGUAGUACCUUUCGGGAACUGCACCUCCUCAUGGCUGGCCUGGACUAACAGCCACCACCUUCCCAUGUGCAAAUGAAGGUGGCCAAGCUCUCCUUGGGUCUGGCUGAAUUUCACCU